AUUGUGUCUGCAGUCCAGUACUGCCACCAGAAGCACAUAGUCCACCGGGACCUGAAGGCAGAGAACCUCCUCCUGGACGCCGACAUGAACAUUAAAAUCGCAGAUUUUGGCUUCAGUAACGAGUUCACUCUAGGUGGGAAACUGGACACUUUCUGUGGUUCUCCUCCUUACGCUGCUCCUGAACUCUUCCAGCAAAUCAUGAGAGAUCGCUGGAUUAACGGUGGAGAUGAUGGGGAGCUGGAGCCUUACCUGGAACCAGAGCUGGACAUCAGAGACAACAGCAGGAUUGACCUGAUGGCGCAGAUGGGUUACUCCAGAGAGAAGAUCAAUGACUCCCUGUCGAAGAUGAAGUACAACGACAUCACCGCCACUUACCUGCUGCUUGGGCGCAGGGCUGCUGAGAUGGAGGCGGGCGACUCCUCCUCACUUCUGAAGCCUCGUCCUUCCAGCAGCAGCAACAGCCAGUCUCCUGCUCACCUCCUCAACCAGCGAACCUCCUCUUCCUCCGGCUCCAAACAGAGGAGGUACAGCGAUCAAGUGUGUCCCGUUUCCUCCACGGCUCCUCCUCCCAGGAGGAACCAGGCUGCCGGAGAUGGGGAGUCGAAGCACGAGGGCGGAGGUCAGAACAAGAAGUCCAGUCCCGUCGAGGCCGGCAGUCCGCUGCUCGGCAACGCCAACAAUCCCAACAAGAGCGACAUCCCCGAGCGCAGGAAGGCYUCGGCCACGCCCCCUACGUCGUCAUCCAGCAUGACGAGGAGGAACACGUACGUGUGCAACGAGAGGAGCGCCACAGAUCGAACGCCAGCGGUCCACAACGGCAAAGAGAACAGCUCUUUGACCACACCCACCCAACGCUCUGUGGGCGGAGCCUCCACCCACAGUGUCAGCAGCGGAGCCACACCUCCUGACCGGCUUCGGUUUCCUCGCGGGACAGCGAGCCGUAGCACCUUCCAUGGAGGACAGCUCAGAGAGAGACGCACCGCCACCUACAACGGGCCCCCCGCCUCCCCCAGCCUGUCRCAUGAUGCCACGCCUCUCACCCAAUCACGGUCCAGAGGCUCCACAAACCUGUUCUCCAAAUUCACCGCCAAACUGACACGAAGAAGGAUGUCAGAGGUGGAGAGGAAUGGCAGACCUGAGGGGUCCAGCCGUAACGUGACGUCCGAUCAGAGGGAGGAGCCUGCCUCCCCGGCCGCUCCCCACCUGAAGGACGCCAAGCCACGCUCCCUGAGGUUCACCUGGAGCAUGAAGACCACGUCCUCCAUGGAGCCCCUGGACAUGAUGAGGGAGAUCAGGAAGGUCCUGGACGCCAACAACUGCGACUACGAGCAGCGAGAGAACUUCCUGCUGCUCUGCGUCCACGGGGACGGGCACGCCGACAGCCUGGUCCAGUGGGAGAUGGAGGUGUGCAAGCUGCCMCGCCUCUCGCUCAACGGCGUCCGCUUCAAGCGCAUCUCGGGCACGUCCAUCGCCUUCAAGAACAUCGCCUCUAAAAUCGCCAACGAGCUGAAGCUGUAGAUGCACAGGUACAGGGAGGGACAGGUGGAGACGGAGGACGGACAGACGGAUGUCUUCUUGCGUCGAGCAGCUCACUGAGACACAUUAAUCUGACCUGAGACAUUAGUGAUUUCUGAUUGGCUGCAGUUUGAUGCACUUGAUUGGCUGUUUAACUCUCUGUCUGUCUGCUGAUUGGACAGUCGUCUGUCUGUCUGUCUCACUGUCUGUCUCUCUGUAUCCCCCCCCCCCCCAGCCAGGGCAGCACCUGGAUGAGUGGACUUUAAUGCAAAGGAUCAUGGGACUCUGAAGCCCAGCUGUUACUUUUUAAUGUUCAAAAAGCCUCCGCAGACACCGACCUGUGAGUGUUUUUGACUCCGCCCGCCCCACAGGCCGGCGGGCGGAGUCACGUGGCCAGGUUAGCGUGUUUGUGAAUGUAAAUAGUUUCUCACCUUGUUUUCAUGUUGAUUUUUGUACAUGUGAGCAGCCAGCUGAUCCUCAGCUGGUUGUUGAUCUGAACCUCAGGCUCACCUGUGUCUCAUUAAACACGUUGAACGCAC